AUGGCGCGACAUUUGCCUAAGACAGACGAGGUCGCCGCGAAGGCUAACGCGUUCCACCAGGAGGAAGUCAUCGAAGAGGUGGACCAUGAGAUGAGCCCAUGGCAAUGUAUGCGUCAAAAUCCAAGAAUUGUGUUAUGGUCACUCUUUGCGAACAUUGGCGCGUGCCUUGUCGGUUACGAAAACCUUGUACUAUCAGUAUGUUUGGCCAUGCCAGCCUUCCAAAUGACUUUUGCCGAAGAGGUCAACGGGGCACUUACGAUCCCCGCCUACUGGCAAUCGGCAUGGAACGCCACCUAUAAUGCCGGCAUGAUGUUGGGAUCGCUCGCGGCCGGAUGGUCACAAGACAAGAUUGGACGAAAACUAGUUAUGACUAUUGCCAUUGUCCUUGCAUCAGCGGGAAUCGCAGUUGCUUUCAUUUCCAGCAGUUCUCGCGAAUUCCUUGGUGGCAAGAUCUUGACAGGCAUCGCCGUUGGAAUGAUGCAAACUACCACACAGACAUACGUGUCAGAGAUUGCCCCCUUACCGAUGCGCGGUAUCGCACUAUCGAUGAACAUUAUUAUGAUGAAUCUUGGUUUCCUUAUUGCCAUCUCAUCAACUUUCUCCCGAGUCGCUAUCAUCGACCCAAUGGCUUACAAGGUGCUCUUUGCUGCUGGCUGGGCAUUUCCUGGAGUACUCGCCAUCGGCCUCCCGUUUCUACCGGAAUCUCCGUACUGGCUUGUGUCAAAGAAUCGAAAGGACGACGCCAUCAAGGCACUCUCUCGUCUUUCCGGUCCCCACGAGGACGUGCUUGCCAGGACAGCUCAGAUCGAGGCUACGAUUGAACAUGAACGUCAGAAAGAAGCGACCAGUGCGACCUAUCUUGAGUGCUUCCGAGGGUCCAAUCUUCGGCGGACCUGCAUUAUCUUGAUCUGCAUGUAUAUGCCCCAGGUCGUUGGAGCCGUGCUGUCAUCUAACGCUCCGUACUUCCUCAACCAGACCGGACUUGACAGCCAUACCGUUCUCAUGCUUACCCAGGUCGGCAUCAGCAUGGGUGUAGUUUCGGCAAUUCUGAACAUUUAUUCGAUGAUGAAGUUUAAUCGACGAACGCUCAUGUUUUUCGGUGUCGGUCUAUGCUGUCUAAUGUACCUGAUCAUGGGCAUAGGUGCAGUCUUGCCGCGAUCAACUGGGUCGCUCAUGACGAUAGGUAUUGCACUACAGUUUACCUCCAUAACGUAUGGCCCUGCCAUAGGUUCCUCAAUGGCUGUGGCAGGUGAAGUCUCCGCCACCAGAUUGAGAGCAAAGUCUGUCGGUAUUGGCUAUACCUUCUCGUGUAUUGUCAGUAUCGUGUGGAACAUCGUGUUGCCUUAUCUCUUUAAUUCUGACGAAGCGAACUUGGGCGGAAACAUUGGUUGGAUUUUCUUUGGCAUGGGUUUGAUAAUGCUUGUGUUCUUGUUUUUCUUUGUGCCGGAGACGAAGGGACGUAGCUUUGACGAGCUAGAUAUUCUGUUCGAGCGUAGAGUUCCUGCUCGUGCUUUUGCGAAGUACGACUUGAACCAGCCGGGGACUUUGUAG